GCUGACACCUCGCUUGCUCUUCGCGCCCCAUCACGGAAUGGCAGACGUUGGCUAGAUGGAUUCGCAGAUUAUCGGCUGCCUUGACUGCUAUUGCUGACCGCGCGACCGUAAACCCCACAGUGACUGGCAUCGCGACCGCGGUGGAUGACAUCGCUCCGGCAUGCGCUCAACUAGCAGACGUCUCUCUUUUACGUGGACAUUCAUCUCACUGCCUCACAUCUGGGUUGUUGAUAGGAAGGUGAGCCUAACAUUGCGCUCGCCGUCGAAUACAGCUUGCCAGCCCGUGAAUCGGAAAGGCAUAUCCAUCGCUGUCGAACUAGGGUUUGCUCAUGCCACAAACCUACUGCUGCACCGUCUUUCUCGAUCUACGCCUCAGUCGAUUCAGCGCCGCGAUUGUUAUCCUGUCACUCGGUGGCAUUAUCUCUCCGCAUACUCUUCUUGCCGUCCACGAAUAUCAGCAAGACGCCGCUUCCGAUGCCACAAGGAAAAGGAAUCAGCACAUGGGCCUCUGCUCCUGCACACAAAUCUUCCGACGCCUAGCUCUUUGCACCAAAGCCGCCUCCCUCAUCUCAAACAACAGGACUCAAGCAUCUCCAGCGCCCUUCUUCUCCUCUCAGACCAUAUUACGCUGAGCAAGCCUGCUCCGCAGUCGCUGGCAGGCUACGUCUGCUGUAUUAUCCGCGGCUCCGGGUGGUACUGCCGCUGUGCGUCCCGCCCGUCCCUUUUCAAUACCGACCGCCCGUAGCUUCCCUGCAGCCGCCUUCCGCGGCAAUGCCCUCCACGACAACGAUCUGUUGU